AUGCUGAAGAGUGUGAGCGAGUCUUGCAUCCAACACCUCCCGGAUGGAUCAGUCAUGUCCGUCAAGAAGAACUCCACCUCCUCUUCCUCCGUCAAGCAAUCGUUCUCAUCCACCACUGGGGACAUGGGUGGCUUCUUCCCCCCGCCUUCCUUUCCACAGGGUUUCGAUGACUUCCGGAACCUCAUGGGACGCGGCCACUCCCUCAUGUCCCAGAGAUCCACAGACUCUAUGGGGUCAACUCUUUCGGGACGGUCUGGGUUCUCCGAUAUGUCCGGCUUCUCCCAGUUCACCGACGCCUCCUCUCCCUUCUCAGACAUGUCCAAUUUCAGCAAUAUGUCUUCCUUCUCGCGUUCCAGGAAUGUGCAGCAGCAACAGCAGCAGCAACAACAACAGCAGCAGCAGCCUGGAAUGAUGCCACAAGAUUUUGGUUCUCCUUUCAUGAAGACGUUUUCCACUUCCUCUUCUUCCUCCACCUCCUCCUUCAACCAGUCCUUCUCCUCAAACUUCGGUGAUGGAAACUUUUAAUAUUUAUUGCGUCUCCCUUACUCUUUCUCCUUCAUCUAAGUUUAAGUAGCAAGCCAAGCCAAGCCAGCCACGCCACGCCAGAAAAUAUGUAUCGAAUUUUACAUAUUCCAAAACUUUAGCGUUGAUUUGCGUCGAAGCUUCAAAUCCAAGCUUAUUUUUGGCACAUUUAGAAGAGUCCCUCCCCCCAUCACUUCCCUUAGCCCCCAUCCCUCCCUCCCUCCUCCCCGGCCAAUCAAAAUGCAGCAGGAUUGAAAGAACGAUACUGAUUGGUCCAAAUGAGUGUAUGAGUUUUUCCCGUUUUCGUUGUGAUUUCUCCGUUUUCCUUCAUUGAUCAUUCAGUUGAUAUACACAGGAAGAAUAUACCAGAUCUCCCUCCUCCUCCUCCUCCUCCUCCUCCUCCUCCUCCUCCUCCUCCUCCUCCUCCUCUUCCACUUCCUUCUCCUCCUCCUCUUCCUUUUUUUUUCCCAUUGUUCCUGUUCCUUGACCGUAUCAUAUUACUCCUCCUCCUCCUCCUCCUCCUCCUCCUCCUUAUAAUCAAGCUUCAAAAUACGUGCAUUUGUGUUACGUCAAGAUAUCAGUACACACACACACACGCACACACACACACACACACACACACACACACACACACACACACACACACACACACACAUUUUUAAAACUAUUAUGAGAGAGAAAACGAUUAUUGCUAUAUAUAGAAAUAUAUAUAAAUAAAAAUGAUUACCUGUGUGUGUGUGUGUGUGUGUGUGUGUGUGUGUGUGAGAGAGAGAGAGAGAGAGAGAAAGUGGUGUUUGGCUCCCCCUCUCCCUCUCUCUUCCCCCUCAUAACAUAUUUCUUGUCCUGUUUUUCCUGUUUUGGUUCGACACCUUGCUAAAGACUGACCCUGAACACCCCUCCUUUCUUCCCCUUUCCUCUUCCCCUUCCCUUCCCUUUUUCCCCUUUCUUCGGAUGCCUUUUUAUUUACUUUUCCUAUUUAUUUACGCAGUUUUCCCUUGAUUUUCCUUUUUUUCCCUAUAUCCCAUCAGUUUCCUCUUUUCCUCGCCUCAUUACCACACAGAUCGUUAAUGUGUUUUCCCCUUACUCCCCCCUUCCCUAAUAUCUUUCCCCUCCCAAGCACUGAUUAAGUUUCCCCUCUGUUUUGCCCUCUCCCAUUGGUUUUCUUUCUUUCCUCAACAUCACAAAGACUGGAUUAGUUACCCCCUUCCUCUCCCCUUGUUUCCCUUUCGUUUCCCUUCCCUCUUCCGUCCCUCUCCCUUCUCCUUCCCCUCAACUUCCCCCUCAUCUAUAGAACUAAGUGGAUUUUCGAGUUUAGGUAUUAUUAUCACCGACAUUUUAUACAAGAGUAAUUCUUUGGAAUAAAUAAAAAUGUGCUCUUUGAAAA